AUGGCCAUGUCGUGUCGGUACGCAGCUCAGAGCUGCGCUCGCCAGCUUCGAUCCGCCCCAACUGCCAGAGCCUCCGCACAAUUCCUCCGGGUAUCUGCAACGACGAGACGAUUUAACUCGACCGAAGCCGCCGCCACCAACCCCAAGAUUCAGACCAUUGUCGACCAGAUUAGCCAAUUGACUUUGUUGGAGACUGCCGACCUUGUUUCCAGCCUCAAGACCAAGCUGAACAUCCCCGAUCUGCCGGUUGGUGGUUUCGCUGCCGCACCUGCUGCCCCAGCCGCCGCCGAGGAGCCUGAGGAGGCCGCGCCCGCUGCUGCCGAGAAGCACCUGUUCACACUCAAGCUGCAAGCGUUCGACGCCGCCUCCAAGGCCAAGGUCAUCAAGGAAAUCAAGGCUAUGCUCGGACUGAGCUUGGUUGACUCCAAGAAAUUCGUGGAGAGCGCACCUAAGAUGAUGAAGGAGAACGUGCCCAAGGAGGAUGCCGAGAAGAUCAUUGCAACUCUGAAGGAGAUUGGCGCUACUGUCGUCAUGGAGUAG